AUGCUGCCAGAAUUAUCGCCACCUAUGCUUGAAAUGUCGAUACGUGAGAGCAAUUACACGCUUGAAAGCGGUCGGAAUACUCAGAACGACAUCUCGGACUAUUCUGGCGAUGCCGGUAACGACAAUCUCGACUGUCGAAAUAUCACGGCCAAGUACGAAGAAUUUAUUAACCCGUGCGUCCUUAGUUGGGACGACCUCAGUUAUGCCGUGCCAGGAGGGAAAAGGACCGACAAGAAUCCGCACGGCAAAAAAAUCAUUCUCGACAGAGUCAGUGGACGCUGUGCUCCUGGUGAGCUCACCGCUAUCAUGGGGCCUUCCGGAUCGGGUAAGACAACACUUGUCGACUUAUUGGCUGAUCGCACGAGUUCUGGAGAAGUGACCGGAACCAUCGAAUUGAACGGCACUGGCCGUGUGACUAAGACGUUUCGUGCUGUAACGAGCUACGUGGCCCAAGACGACACGCUACUGGGGUCAUUCACUGUAACAGAGACCAUGGAGAUGGCGGCUAGACUCAGUCUCCCGAAUAGUGUGGUGAUGACGGACAUUCACACCCGAGUCAAGAAUGUCAUGGACGCCAUGGGACUCGGUCCAUGCAGGAAUACAUUAGUCGGCGACAUCUUUAGGAAGGGACUUUCGGGUGGGCAAAAGCGGCGACUUAGCAUCGCCAUCGAGUUGCUGUCCAAUCCGAGCAUCUUGAUCCUUGAUGAGCCGACUAGCGGCCUUGACUCCAGCUCUGCCCAAAAUGUUAUGAAGUUCAUUGCCAAGGUCUGUGCCGAGGGCAAGACCGUUGUGUGUACAAUUCACCAACCAUCGUCGUUUGUCUACGCCAUGUUUACGAACGUGGUCGUGCUCUCGGCCGGUCGGACAUUGUACUGCGGUCCUCGUCGUCAAAUCAUCCAGCACUUUGCAUCAAUAGGCCACGAUUGUCCGCGGUAUAUGAACCCGGCCGAGUACUUUAUUAGUCUGGUGAACACAGACUUUGAAGACCAAGUUGAUGUCACGAAGCUCGCGGAUGCCUACGCCCACAGCAACGUGAAGACGAAUCUAAUAGACCGACUAGCUGCUGACCGAGCUUUGCUACAACAUCUACCGGACAUCGAGCUGAGACCGUCGUCCCCUAUGCGACAGUUCAGCGUUCUCAUGUAUCGCAACACUUUGAACAACAUUCGCAACCCCGGUAUUUACUGGAUCCGAUUGUUCAUGUACUUUUGCCUGAGCUUCAUGGUCGGUACCAUGUAUUUGAGCACAAAUGAUGAACUGAGCGAGGAAGAUCUGGUGCCGCUGCUGUUCUACAUACAGGCGUUCCUGGUGUUCAUGUCGGUGGCAGUAUUACCGUUUUUCAUUGAGCAGCGGGCUGUAUUUGCUCGUGAACGUGCCAACAGUUCUCUGAGUGUGAUGAGCUAUGUGUGCGCCAACUUUUUGGCGACACUGCCAGGUAUUUUCUUGAUCGCGGCCAUGUCGACGGCGUUGGUGGUGCUACUGGCGGGUCUCAAUGCGAUCGAAUACUUUCUAUUGAAUCUUUUCUUGUCGCUGGUGGUGUCAGAGUCAAUGAUGCACGUGAUUGGAGCUGCCGUGCCGCAUUACAUUAUCGGUAUCGCAUUGGGUGCUGGUGUGUUCGGUAUGUUUAUGUUGUGCGAAGGUUUCAUGGUUCCUCGCGACUCGAUCCCAACUUACUGGAUUUGGGGGUACUACUUGGCGUUCCAUACGUACUCGUUCGAGUCUUUUGUAUUCAAGCAGUUUGAGAAUGAGACGUCGAUCGAGGCGAAGGCUAUUCUGACAAAAUACGGCAUGGAGAACGUGGAUGUAUCACGUGAUAUGCUGUUGUUGGUCGUGUAUAUUGUAGCCUUCCAGGCUAUCUUUGCAUUGAUUCUGUGGAAGUUCCAUACCGGUCGCCGUUGA